ACCUAUAUUAUCAAACAUGAACACAAAAAGUGUCGACCAACUGAAACUUUCAGCUGAAACAAAUAACAUAGAUCUCCUCUAUGAAGUAAUUCAAGAUGACCCAUCUAUUUUGAAAAACAUAGAUAAAAAGCAAUUUGUAGAUACUCCUUUGCAUAUCGCUGCAUCUAGGGGUCAUCUCAAGUUUGCCACAGAAAUUAUGAAUUUGAAACCUUCAUUUGCUACGAAGCUAAAUUUGCAAGGACACAGCCCCAUUCAUCUUGCUAUGAAUAACCUCCCCAUUCAUCCUGCUGAGGAUAACCCCCAAUGGGUGAUGGUGUUAAAGUUGGUUGGCAUCAAUAAAGAUCUUGUUAGAGUUAAAGGAAGAGAAGGCUUGACUCCACUUCAUAUUGCAUGUCAAAUUGGUGAUGCUGAACUUUUAGCUGAAUUCCUCACUGCUUGUCCGGAUUCCAUUGAAGAGGUAACUGUGAGAGGUGAAUCUGCUUUGCAUAUUGCUGUAAAGAAUAAUCAGUAUGAGGCCCUUCAAGUACUUGUUGGCUGGCUCAAAGAAAAUUGCAAGACAGGUGCUAGAAUGCUGCAAAAUAAAAUAUUCAACCACAAAGACGAUGAAGGCAACACUGCUCUGCACAUUGCAGCCCUUAGUAGUAAAUCAGAGGUGGUACAAUUUCUGGUAAAAAAAACCGGAAUAAAAUUGAAUGCAAAGAAUUUGAAGAGCAAAACAGCAUUAGAUUUAGCAACUCCAGAGAACAAGAAAAUAUUAAUUUGUGCUAAUGCAAAACCUGGCUCACAAAUCACUAAGGCUAUGACACUUGCAGAACAUCUAAGAUUUAUAGCCACAAUUAUUAAUAUUCGAACUUGGAUACGUAGACUUAGAACUGAUAUAACCGAGGAGCAGCGUAACACUUGGUUGAUAGUUGCGACUCUUGUUGCAACUGUAACCUUUGAAUCCGCACUGAAUCCUCCUGGUGGAGUUUUCCAGGUUAGUGCAAGUGAUGACAACAACAUGAAAAUCAAGUCUAGAGAUGAGUAUUUUUCUACCCGAGGAAAUGCUGGGAAAUCGAUCUUGUCAAAAGAGAAUUUCAUGGUGUUUUCAAUAAUGAAUUUGCUUUCCUUUUUCGGAUCAAUUACAGCAAUAUUACUUCUGACCCCAUCUGGAGCAAUAGGCCUCUUAGUGAUAGUUCCGGUGAGUUUGUUUUGUUGUUGCUAUGUAUAUGCUCUGCCGUCGAUAUCUCCUACACAUGCCAACUCCACUGUUCUUUACAUCCCUAUGUAUUCCAUUGUAUUUAUGAUGUAUGUUUAUUUAAUUUUUAUCACAUACACUGAUAUUGUAUUAAAAAAGAGAUACAUGAGGUCGACAACUCAAACCGAUGUAUCCCAAACCGCUGUAGCCCAAGUUUAAACAAUAUAGUUUCAUUGCUGAUAUGAAA